AAUAUAUUGGGACGAAACCUUCGCAGCGAGUUUCGCCUCUACUCUCAAACUCGCAUUGCCUCUCGAUAAUUUGAACAAGAAGAAUCGAAGAAGUGAAGCAUUAGAGGUCACUGCUCUUAUGAAUCAACCAACCAUGGCUGAAGAAGCAGGUAUGUUUCGAGUACAUCAGACAAUUGGAAGUGUUCUUUGUUGCAAGUGUGGCAUGCCAAUGGCACCAAAUUCUGCAAAUAUGUGUGUGAAGUGUUUGCGUUCUGAAAUUGAUAUUACAGAAGGUCUACAGAAGCAUGUGAUCCUAAUGCAUUGCCCUGAGUGUGACACUUACUUGCAGCCUCCAAGAACUUGGAUAAAGGCUCAACUGGAAUCGAAGGAACUAUUAACAUUUUGUGUGAAGAGAUUGAAGAACUUGAACAAGGUCAGGUUGGUACAUGCUGAGUUUGUUUGGACUGAGCCUCACUCUAAGAGGAUCAAGGUGAGACUGAGGGUUCAGAAGGAGGUCCUUAAUGGUGCAAUACUUGAACAAGCAUAUGUUGUUGAGUAUGUUCAGCAAGACCAUAUGUGUGAGUCCUGUUCCAGGAUUCAGGCCAACCCUGACCAGUGGGUGGCUUCCGUCCAACUCAGGCAGCAUGUUUCUCACAGGAGGACCUUCUUCUAUUUGGAGCAGGUUAUUCUUCGGCACGACGCUGCUACUUCUUGCAUAAAAAUUACACAGAUGGAUCAGGGUGUGGACUUCUUUUUUGCUAAUAGGAGCCAUGCAGUAAAAUUUGUAGAGUUCUUGGGGAAAGUUGCCCCUAUCAGGAGUCGAAAUGAUAAACAACUUGUAUCCCAUGAUACUAAGAGCAACAACUACAACUAUAAAUACACAUUCUCUGUUGAGCUUUGCCCGAUAUGUCGGGAGGAUCUGAUCUGCCUUCCACCAAAAGUAGCUACUGGUUUGGGAAAUUUGGGUCCCCUCGUCUUGUGCACAAAGGUGAGCAACAGCUUGACUUUACUGGAUCCUUUUACUCUAAGGCAUUCUUUCAUGGAUGCGGACCAAUAUUGGAGGGCCUCCUUUGAGUCUCUACUUUCAAGUAGGCAGCUUGUGGAAUAUAUAGUACUGGAUGUGGAGCCUGUGUCAUCUGAAGUUAAUGUUGGAGGCUCAAGAUAUGCUUUAGCUGAUGCCCAAGUGGCCCGUGUAUCUGAUUUUGGGAAAAAUGACAAGAUUUUCAAUGUAAGAACACAUCUUGGCCAUAUUUUGAACCCUGGGGAUUAUGCGCUUGGCUAUGACCUCUAUGGGGCUAACACUAAUGAUGUUCAACUGGACAAAUAUAAAGGUCUUAUUCUCCCAGAGGCAAUUCUAAUAAAGAAGAGCUAUGAAGAAAAGCGUCAAAAGCGACGUGGGAAGCCUCGUAGUUGGAAGCUUAAAUCCCUCAAUAUGGAGGUAGACAACUCUACCAGAGGUAGAAUAGAUGAGCAGAAGAUGAAUAACGAGUACGAAGAGUUCUUGAAAGAUUUGGAGGAGAACCCAGAGUUGAGGUUUAAUAUAUCAUUGUACCGUAAUAAGGAGUACCAACCAUCAGAGAUGGCAUCAAUGACUGAUGGGGAGGAUUUACCUUCUGUCCCGCUGGAGGAAUUGCUUGCUGAUCUUGAUCUAGAUGAUGAUGAAGAUUUCAACGACAGCAUGAGGGAGUGAUUGAUGCUUCUCCUUUUCAACUGAAUUCCAUGUUAAUUUUUUGUCGAUAGGAUCCUGGGAGAUCUUUUAGUACUAGGACAAACCUGGUUAUCAUUUGUUUGUUGGAGAAGCUAGUACCAAGUUUGGAAUCUUCCAAGGUUCUAUGGUUAUCUGCUGCUGGGGUGAAAAAAAUUUGAACACCAGGUAUAAGUUUGGUCUGUAACUGUGUCUUUCCGAAGAAAGAAAGUCUGAAUAUUGAGAUUUGCAUCGGCGUAAGAGGAGCAAGGAAUGAAUCUUCUUGUUGUGUUGCCUCUUUUCUUUUUUUUUGGGUAAAAUUGUGUUCCAUCUUAGGAGCAUGAACUUCGAAGUAAGUUUUUUUGGAAUGCGUUUUUUAUUGUAUACAAUGGAGAUUGGAUAAUCAUUUGUUAGUUCAGUUGUUAUGAUGUUUUUUAACGAAGAGCUGGUGGCUCGGUCCUAUGGGUGACUUCUUGGCUGCACACACACACAUCUCGGGAAUUUUUUUGGAAUGCAUUUUGUGAGUGUAUACAGUGGUUUUGUUUAACUUUGACAAAUGGAGAUUGGAUAACAAUUUGUUUGUUAAAUUCUUGUUUUGUUCUUUUAAUGAAGAGCUGGUGACUCAUUCCUAUGGA